CGCCUGUCAUUUGAAAUGACAACAAAUUGAUAUGUUGAUUUUCUGCUAGAAUCCGCGAGUGUGUUAUGUAAAAGUAGCGUAGAAAAAGUUGUACAAUUUAAAUGUUCCGCCCUAGUAGAACGCUACGACAAGUACUGGAUCUUUGGCCAGGUAAAAACAUCUUUGGUAUCUACCGAUUUUUGCCUCUGUUCUUCGGUCUGGGCGCAACGUUGGAGUUUUCCAUGAUCCAUUGGCGAGUGGGAGAGACCAACUUUUAUAAUACCUUCAAGAAGCAUCAAGCCAAGGAUAUCGUCGAAGAGAAACUUCGAUUGCAUCAGUUGGAACCGGUUCAGCAGGAAACAAGCUAAAGAUGCCUGCCGGUGUAUCAACCAAGGAGUAUGUGAAGUUCAUGGCAGCAGCUUUACUGUCGAUGUUUGCCGGCUCGCAGGUCGUUCAUACUUACUAUAAACCGCUGCAGGAUCUCACCAGUUAUGUGGAACAGGAAAUAAAGAGUCAACAUUUGACGGAUGUGAGCCAACCCAAGGUGCAAAACAACAAUGGUGGAUUGAAAUAGAAAUAUAUUAAUUCCAGUUUGUAUAAUAUAGUUUAAUGCAGCUCUCCAA